AUACACAGUGUGCUGUCUCUGUUCCAGAGAGAAUAUCAGCUCUGCACAGGGAGGAGAGGAUUAGCGCAACCACUCAGCUCAUCUGCAUACACAUUCCCAGGGAACCACAUGAGCACCCAGGGCUGCACCUCUUUUGUAUCAUAAGACUUGACACUCCUAUCACAGAGGCACCAUUUAAUCUACUGUCACUGCUGUGAAGGGAUUUAACGAGGGACACAGUUUUCUUCUUGUGGACUCAUUUUGCUGGUUUAUGGACUCUUUCCUUAGUUCAAAUCUGAUUUAUGUUGUUUCAGAUGUCUUCAUUUGACUGGGAUAAUGCAAGUGAUAUUGCUUGAUGUAGACUUGCUCUGAGCAUCAAUGAGUUUUUUUUCCACAGCCGGGACUCACUAAAUAUUUGGACUUUGCUCCUUCAUCUGGUUUAGUAAGCUUUAACACCAGAAUGCCAUCAAGAGACUCCUACGAGGUUCACAAGGGAGAGAAGUCCCUGGUGCAGAAGGCCAAGCGAGAAGCCAACCAGGAGGACAUUCUGGCAGCAGCACUGGGGAUGAGGAUGGGGCCACAGAAGCCUCCAGCCACUAUCUGGCAGCCACUCAAACUAUUUGCCUAUUCACAGCUCACCUCACUGGUCCGCAGAGCCACUCUGAAGGAGAGCGACCGGACACCCCGGAUCGAGAAAGUCCACAACUUCAAGGUGCACACCUUUCGGGGACCUCACUGGUGUGAUCACUGUGCCAGUUUCAUGUGGGGACUGAUGGCUCAGGGAGUCAAAUGUGCAGACUGUGGCUUGAACGUCCACAAACAAUGCUCCCCCAUGGUACCCAACGACUGCAAACCAGACCUGAAACACGUCCGUAAAGUCUACAGCUGUGACCUCACAACCCUGGUGAAGGCUCACAACACAGCGCGUCCCAUGGUGGUGGACAUGUGCAUACGAGAGAUCGAAUCAAGAGGUCUGAAGUCUGAAGGGCUCUACAGAAUAUCUGGAUUCAGUGAUUCAGUCGAGGACGUCAAGAUGGCUUUCGACAGAGAUGGUGAGAAGACAGACAUCUCAGUGAAUGCCUAUGAAGACAUCAAUAUCAUCACUGGUGCACUGAAACUGUACCUCAGGGAUUUGCCUGUUCCUGUUAUCUCAUAUGAUGCUUAUCCCAGGUUCAUUGAGGCUGCAAAGCACACAGACCCAGAAAAGAAACUCGAAGCCUUCCGUGAAGCUCUAGCACUGCUGCCCCAGUCACACACUGAAACUCUCAAGUACCUCAUGGCACAUUUAAAAAGAGUGACACUGAAUGAGAAAGACAACCUGAUGAACGCAGAGAAUCUUGCCAUUGUUUUCGGGCCCACCCUCAUGCGUGCGCCAAACGUGGACGCCAUCACAGCACUCAAUGACAUCCGCUACCAGAGGCAGGUGGUGGAGGUGCUCAUUAAAAACGAAGAUGUUCUCUUCUGAAAACAGAUCAGGAAGACAUAUAGCAUUUUUUAUAGAACAGCUAUCUAAUGAUUCUUUUGUGCAAAGACUUGAAUGACUCUUUGUAUUACAUUAUUUAAUACAUUUUUUCUAUGCCCUAUGUAUGGACCAGUGCUGAAGUUAACAUCUCUCCUACCCUGUACUGGGAAUGGAUGAUGUACCUGACACUUGUAUGUAUGUCUCCCCAUUUUUGUCGGGGGAUUUUCAGAAACUGACAGACCAGCAUGCAUGGUGCGGAGUCUUUGUUUUCUAUUGCUUUGUAGUCAUAACCCAGCAUGUGUUAAAGAUCGUGCAGCAUUGUGACUUUUCUUUUGUCUGUCUUGUAGUAGUCCAGAUUCCCAGCUGCCUAUUGUGCAGUUUUUUUUUCUGUGAAACAUUGUAUAGCUGGAUAUGAAGUAAGCUGAUAAUAAUUUUGAGGGGUAAUUUCUCUGAUUCUGUAUUUUUCUUUUUUUUUUACUUCCUCAACUCUUUUCAUGUAACCUACAGUUCUUAGUUACAUCUUUCCUUUCUCAAUCCGAAAACAAGAAAUCACUGUGUGCUUUGGUACAUUUGCUUGACCUUAAAAUUUGUAUUGUGUUUCAACAGGAUUAUUUGUGCAGUUAAUGUUUUCUACUGUAAUGGUUUUGUACAUAAUUUGUGCAUGAUCACUUUAAUUUAUUAAACCUUGCUCUGAGAAAUGCACUGCUGAAUGAGUCAUCCGGAUCGCCACAAUGAAAAUCAACUACAUUAAACUUGUGUUCACUCAA